AUGCCCGAGGCCGGGAAGCGCUUUGCGUUUUGCUUCUCGACCGCAUCCGGGCACACGAACCCCUCUUUCCCGAUCGCGCGCCAACUCGUCAAGCGCGGCCAUAGCGUCACGUACCUCUCAAGCGCGGUCUUCAAGGGCGCUAUCGAGGCGACCGGCGCCGCCUUCGUUGACGAGGUUGAGGAGCUGAGCGAGCUUAUGCAGCCGGAUCCGGCAAAGCCUCGCGCAGAGAACUUUAUGUCCGCCUUUCUGGCGCUGGCGACAGAGUUCGGGAAGGACGCGGCUCACGGGUAUGGGAAUAUUAAGCAGUGGGCUGCCACGCACAACAUUGCAAUCGAGCGCCAACUCCCUGCCUUCCUCCGCUUCUUUAGCGAGGAGAAUGGCGCGCUCAAAUUUGACGCUGCGGUGUACGACAACCUCAUGCUGGGCGUUGUCGCCCACGCCUGCCGACUCCUCAACCUGCCUGCGGUGGCGUUGUGCACAGUCGCGGGCCCCGGUUCGAUGGAGGUGCUCACGAGAGAGAUGGCCAGCAACGAGGGCAUGACCCUCGAAGACAUGGACAGGCUCUCGUUUGACGACGAGGACGGCGCCAAGGCCGUCGCGCGAUUGCGCGAGCGGUACCCCAGCCUCGAGCUCCCCAGUCAUCCCUUCUCGUGCGGCACCUGGCAGUAUAUCGGCGGGCCUCGGGCGAUGACUCUCGUCACCACCAUCGAGCCGCUCCGCGACCCUAUCAGCGACAACGUCUCGGAGGCUCUCCGCGCGGCGGACGUUCGCUUCACGUACAUCGGCCCGAGUCUGGACGUCAAGGGGGCCAAGCGGGCUGGCGGCUUCAUCUUCGACGCGCACAACGAGGAGCCGGAGGACGAUGAGCCCAAGCUCCACCGACAUCGCUCGGACCUGACGGAUUCGAGCGACGCGCCGCUCGCCGCUCUGCAGGAGGCGAAGCAGCUGAACGCCUCGGUCGUCGCGAUCUACAUCAGCCUCGGGACCGUCAUCACGCCAAUGUCGGGCUGGACGGCGAGGCUCACUGACGCGGAGGGUAAGGAGUACGGCAUCACUGGGAAGCAGCUCUGCCAGAGCGUCUUCACAGCAGCUUUUGAGGAGUUUGGCGCCAGUGAGCGCGGCGAGGGCCGGAGCUCGUACGCGCAGGCGUGCGAGGAGGGCGCGCCACUGCUGAUUGUGAGCGCGGGCCCCCAGUUGGACGCGUUGGAGGGCCUCUCCGUUCCGCCCAAUGCGCUCUGCCGUAGUUACGUGGCGCAGGUGGACAUCCUCCAGUCGGGCCUUGUGGACAUGUUUGUGACGCACGGUGGCCAGAACUCCUUCAUGGAGAGCAUGGCGAACGGCGUCCCGCUGGUGGUUGUCCCGGGCUUUGCCGACCAGCCUGUCAAUGGCCGAAAAGCGGAGGCGAUGGGGGUGGGUCUCGCGGUGGCAAGACCCGAGGAGGAUACCGAGGCUGUGUUGGCAAGGUACGUCCAGGACCUCCGCGCGGCGAUGCGCAGCGUCUUUGAGCAGGAAAAGUUUCGUGCCAAGGCACGAGAGAUGGGAGCGCUGAUCGCCGGCGCGGGCGGAUCUGCGCGGGCGGCAGACAUCGCGGAGGCGAUCGCAGCGACGGCGAGAGGCAGCGAGACUGCGGCGGCGAGCGCCACAGCGCCGAGGAAGUCCUAUGGGGACAUGUUUCGAGAGAUGUCGGCGCAGGCCGAGGCGGAGGCGAGCAAGUGA